GAUUAGGGGACGGGGGUGGGUUGGUUGAAAGACUUGUCUCCCUGGAAGUUGGCCGCGACCAUGCAUGUUGCACAUAGUCAAACUAAAGCCGGAUCAAGGUCAUUGGCUCGGGGUGGUGGCAUUUACAAGAAAAUAUCAAGAUAACCCCAAUCCCCCUAUUGACCGCCACCACUGGAAGAGUUGUACACCAUCAGCACUGAACAUCAGAACCCUCGCGUUCUGUCGCCAAAGCACAUAUAAACGAGGCAAGUGUUCUUUUGCGACAGGACCAUUUGUUAAUUCCGUAGGCAACACGUUUUCGGUUGUUGUUGAGGAGCGAGUCGCGUCUCUCUCUCUUUCUCUCGGUCACAGAGUUGGUGGCAUCCUUAAUUUUUUUUAACUUUUUUUUCCUCCAAGCGCACUUAACUUAUUGAUUCGAUUGAUGCAACCGAGAGGGAGGGAACACAACUUCAGGAGCCGUAGCUUUAGCAGGACACGAGAAGCCAUUCAUUUCAUCUGACGCAGUGUUCACAAUUUAGCAAACGGCACGAUAAUUCCCCCCAUCGGUAACAAAAUAACCAUGGCUGAGGUUCGCAAGACGAUGACGGAGUUCUGGAAGAUUCACUCCAAGGGCGCGACGGUGGAGGAGAUGAUGCUGGACUCGAGCGCGAGCACGCUCUCGCAGUUCGAGAAGCCGGAGAUCCUCUCGCUGCUGCCCAACAUCGACGACGCCAAAGUGCUCGAACUGGGUGCUGGUAUCGGUCGUUUCACUGGACACCUGGCCAAACAGGCGCGCCACGUGACAGCGGUGGACUUCAUGCAGACAUUUCUUGACAAAAACCGAGAACUGAACAGCGACCAUGUGAACAUAAAAUUCCUGCAGGCUGAUGUCACACAGCUCCAGUUCCCAGAAAACAGCUUCGAUGUGAUUUUCUCAAACUGGCUGUUCAUGUACCUAACUGAUGAGGAGUUGCUCCGGCUGGUGAACAGCAUGCUGCGUUGGUUACGCCCUGGAGGUCAUCUUUUCUUUCGCGAGUCCUGCUUCCACCAGUCUGGCGAUUCAAAACGAACCUUCAAUCCCACGAUUUACAGAAAACCUGCUCAAUACAAUCACAUCAUGCAAGCUGGCUUCCAGCAGGCAAAAGGGAACGAAAAGAGCUUUGGCUUUGAGUUGGUUAUUUCCAAAUCUGUGCAGACAUACAUCAAGCUGAAGAAGAAUCAGAACCAAGUGUGCUGGCUGCUGGAAAAGGUCUCACGGGAAAAUGCGGGCCACCAGGGUUACGCCACCUUCCAGCAGUUCCUGGAUGGGAAGCAGUAUUCCCGCCAAGGCAUCCUCCGCUACGAGAAGAUCUUUGGUGAAGGCUACGUGAGCACUGGAGGACCUGAUACCACCAAGGAGUUUGUAUCACUGUUGGAUUUGCAAGUGGGACAGAAAGUGCUGGAUGUUGGGUGUGGGAUUGGAGGUGGUAACUUCUACAUGGCCAAGGCCUUCAAGGUGGACGUGCUUGGGAUGGACCUGUCCUCUAACAUGGUAGAAAUUGCCAUGGAGAGAGCCACAGAAGACAGCACAUUACUGGUGCAGUUUGAAAUCAGUGAUGCGACCAAACGGGACUUUCCGGAGGAAUCGUUUGACGUGGUGUAUAGCCGUGACACCAUCUUGCACAUUGCAGACAAGUUUGCCCUCUUUAAAAGAUUUUACAGGUGGUUGAAACCUGGGGGAAAGUUGCUGAUCACUGACUACUGUUGUGGAGAAAAACCCUGGACAUCUAAGUUUGAGGAUUAUGUCAAACAAAGGGGCUACAUCCUGUACUCUGUGUCCAAAUAUGGCAAGUUUUUGGAAGAAGCAGGUUUCCAGAAUGUUCGAGCUGAAGACAGGACGGAUCAAUUCGUGGACAUUCUUAACAAGGAGCUGGAACGGACCAAGAGCAUUCAGGAUGAGUUCAUCAAGGAAUUCUCUGAAGACGACUACUCGUACAUCGUGGACGGCUGGAGCAAGAAGCUGGAGCGCUGCGAAGCGGGAGAUCAGAAGUGGGGGUUGUUCUAUGCGGAGAGACCCGUCAACGCCAGCAAUGGUGUCUGAGACAACCAAUAUCUGAAUGUUUUACUCGCACCGCAGUCAUUCAUACACACAUGCGGUCAAUGUAUUUUUGCUUAACACGGCAAACAUCACGACGUUUGAAUCUGUGGAGUAUGACCAGUGUGACGAUGUUAUCUGUCCAAAUAAGCUCCAAGACAGCUGCUAUAUAUUUAGAGCUAUUCUAUGUGCCUAGAAUACAUUCACAAAUCACGUGAGAACUAGUACAUAUCUUAAACGUGUUAAUAAAAAGCUCAAUUUAGGAGCUCCAAAUUUACACUCAAUACUUAAGUGUAAUAUUUUGCCCAUAAAUCUUUCAUUUAAAUAAUGAUUAUCUUAAUACAAUUAACUGAAUUUAAAAGUACAGUGCAGAUUUAGGAAUUACAAAUAAGUACGUGUUUUAUGCGAUUAAAAAACAUGUAAUUUCCCCUUCCCAUUUAAACAAUAAACCACUACAUGACCAGUAAUGUAUGUUCAUUAUCAUUUGCAUUAGCAGAGCACAGCACCGAACAAAUGUACUGCAAUGUUAUUUUCAUGUUUUCUGUUUCACAAAACUAUUAUACAUAUACAAUUUACGUGAUGUUUAUAAGACCAAUGACAACCACUUGACAUUACUGGAGACCGGGUACAUGUGAAAUGACGCACAAACGCUGCCAAACAAGUCUAAUUUGUUAGUGGUGUCUCACUCCUAUGUUUUACAAAGCGUAAUAAAAUACAUUACAGCACUGCUACUUUUAUAUAGCGGCUGAAUGGCGCUGUAAUAAUGUACUACUGUAUGCUUUAGCAAAGAGUGGUUAGAUAAGUUGCAAAUCUAAAAACCCCUCUGUAGAAUGUAUUAUGUAGAUAAGCUAUGGCAAAGCGGCAAAAUCGGGACAGAAAUAUCAAAAAAUUUUAUGAAAGAGCUAAGGAUGGCCAAAUGCGCACAUUAAUGGCAACAUUAAUUUGUUUAAAUAAGGCCACAAACGUACAUGAAAUUACCUUUAUAAUGCACCCCGUAUGUACUGUAUAUAGCAUGUAAAUCUAACUGCAAUGGAAACUGCUUUGUAGAACAGUGGGACGUGCACCUUGGGGAAAGGAAGUAGAGAUGGGCAAAGGGUAAAAGGUCUCGAGUCUGGACAUGAACAGGAAGUCAGUAGCACAGAUGGCUGGAGGGAGGUCCAGACUAAGGGGGCAGUUGAGAACAUAUUGAAUGUGAACUUAGAGA